AUGGCAGACUACGGUAAUAAUAAUUGCGAAGCUGACGUUUCAAUGAUGAGUUUUGGGGAUAAUGACAACCAGUUCAUUGAGAACUCGACUAUGCAUCCGGAUAACCCUAACCCACACUAUUAUAAUGACACAGAUGAAAAACAGCAACAAAACAUAUCAAGAAGGAAAUCAUCAAUAAUAUUAUCAGAAGACUCUCAAACUGACACUCCAAUGGAUGGAUCGUAUAGCAGUGAGCAACAACUACCACAACCACUUGAACAGCAACAACAGCAACAACAAAAACAGCCCGAAUUGCAAGAUUGUCAGAAUUAUCAACCACAAGCGCAGCCUGUUCUGGUUCCAACUGUUUUCAGAUGGACCGAAGGUGGUGAAAAGGUGUAUGUGAUGGGUACAUUUACAGGCUGGAGAAAGAUGAUAGCUUUAAAUGGUCCUAACCCUAAAGAUGGAUCAUUCCAAGUCCAAAUUUCCUUACCACCGGGCACUCAUCGAUUCAAAUUUGUGGUUGAUAAUGAAGUUAAGUGUUCAAACUUCAUUCCUACUGCUACAGAUCAUUCAGGACAUUUUGUGAAUUAUUUGGAAAUCUUUCCAACCGAAUAUGACAUCAACAGGGAUCCGAAUAGCAAAUCCAGAGCGUCAAUGAGAACAAUCGACUCAAAGUUAGGGCUCACUAAAGAUGAUGAUGAUAUGGGAGAUGGUUACACCCGGUACUAUGAUGACCAAGGCAAUUCCCCAAAUCAAGAGAAAGAUUACAUUACAACCAUUCCUCCUAUAUUCACCGAUCCAAAAGUUAUGGAGGAAUACUAUUUGACAUUAGAUAACAAUGAAAGGAGAGGAACUUACACUCAACAGUGGUUAAUUCCUCCGCAGUUACCUCCACACCUUGAAAAUGUGAUUUUGAAUAGUUAUAACAGCAACGACAAGGCAAACACUGGUGGUGCUUUGAAGAUUCCGAAUCAUGUUGUCCUUAACCAUUUGGCAACGACAUCUAUCAAACAUAACACAUUGGCUGUCGCUAGCGUAGUGAGAUACAGACGUAAAUAUGUCACCCAGAUUCUCUAUGCUCCUCUUCAGUGA